AUGCAAUCCAACACGAUCAAGGGCAAGUACGAAGCUGCCAUCAACAAACUCACAUGGGACACCAAGUUUGUGUCGACGUACACACAGCGAUACAUCACCGACCCGUUCCUCCGCAUCAACGGGAUCUCAGAGUACAUUACGUGGCCGCUGACAGAGCGCCAAGACGCUCAAAUCGCGUCUCUCUACAAAAACGACGUCAUUCCUGCCUCGGAUUUCCGCAUCAACAACCACGUGGGCUGGAACGCGUUUCUCGACGACGUGCUAGUCAACGUCCGCAAGGACUUUGACCAAGAGCACGUGACCGCGACGCUCUCCCACCUUUGUUUUGAUGCACGUGGCUCGUCCAGCGCACUCGCUCCGAGCGCAGCGGUGCCAAACACGCUCGGUGUGCUCAUCGUAUGGCUGCCGUCACGGUACCUAGGCAGUCGCCUCGUCUUUCAAACCGAUCGUCGCAGCGAGACGAUGGACGACACGCUGCUGCCCACGACGACCUUGCAGUGCUUGGCCACCUACUUGAGCACACAAGUGGUCUCGACACAGAUCAUGUGGGGUCGCCGCGUUGCGCUCGUCUACAACUUGGUGUGCACGAAGCCCCAGUACGGGUUUCGGACGGCGCCAGAGACACAAGAAGCGGCGACCGCCGCGCUGAUGGAGAUUGCAAAGGAGCCGUUCCAGCGACACCCGCUCGUGUGUCGGUACAUUGCCAAGCCAUCAGGACUCUCGUUCGAGAAGCUAUCCGUGGAAGACGCAGCUCUCGCGGAUGCGUUGCUCGCGACUGGAUGCUACGACGUUGCGCUGGCCACCGUCGAGCGCAGUGGUGACAUUGACCCGCUCGCAUGGGGUGUGUACAAAACAGAGGCAGAUGUGAUCGUCCGCUGCAUCACGCACCCGGACUGCUCGAUGCCACGUAUUGUCUGCUGGAAUCUCGUCGGCAUGCCCAUCGACUUGUGCUUGGAGCUGGCCUCGUAUACGCACGGCGCAGAGGCGCUGAUUUUUUGGCACAAGCGAUACCGCGCCUUGCUGGCCGGCGCGCAUUGCGUGAUGUCGUCGGUGUACAACAUCAUCGUUGAAAAGAGAGAGCGAGCACCGCUUGAGAUCGACUCGACGCGGGAGUUUCUACUGGGCGCCAUGUCGAUGUUCACGCACGAGGCGGCGAGUCGCCUCCCGUUUCACAUGAACGCCAUGGAGUUGAUGGGGUCGCUGCUUCUCAUCUAUGACAAAUGGGACCUCGUGCGUCUCUUUGUCGCCCACGUCGUGAGCGUCACGCCGACCACCCCGUUCCAUAAUAGCAUUGGACCCUUUCUGCGCAAGUGCGUGGUGCAGUACGGCUGGCAUCACGCGGGGGUUUUCCCGGCCGCCCUGCGCAUCCUUGUCGCUGUCGCACCAAAGCACAUCGAUGCGUUUGCAGCGUCGUGGCUGCGCGCGGUGCCGUGUACGAUCGAGGCCAACCAAUUGCUGCUGCUGCCCGCCAUCCACGCGCUCGCAGGACAGAAGCUCGUGCGCGUGACGGUGCUCGUGGCAGCCAAAUGCUUGGCAACGUUCGAGGCCGCGGGGGUCCGAGCGCCUCUUCCCGACCAUGCAGAUUUUAGCCUCCCCGACAUUUUCGUCAACUCUACGCACUGCACGGCGUGCAGUCGCUUUCGCGACUUUCUCUUGGACAGAUGCCUAACGACCAUGGACGCGAACGAGCCGUCCGGCAAGUGCGUUGCCAUUGCUCGGAUUGUUGCCACCCAUCCGAGCUGCCUCAAGCAGAGUAAAUUCGGAUCGACGUGGGUGAUCAGUAAGCGGAAGGGCGAUGUUGAGAGCUACGCAGAUCUCAUGGAGGCCCUUCAAGUCAAGCACCAACGCGAGAAGGAUCAAAAGACUGUCUCGUGGCUCGGCAUCCUCGUUGCACAAGCCCCCGUGCUCCCGUACGACCCAGCGCAUGCGCCACGGAAGCGACAGCGGAUUGUCGACUGCAAGUGA